AUGCACGUCGAGAGUAUGGUCAACUGCAAGAUGAGCGGCCAGCACAACGAUUCGGUCGAGGUGGAAAGUCUGCUGAUGGGCCCGUGCUGGAACCAGUCGACGAGCGUCACCGAUCAGUACCUACUCGACGGCCACAAGCUGCUGCUCGAGGCCGACCUGGACUCGCUGCCGAGCGAUGGCGAGACGCAGAAGAGCUCGAUGGACGUGCUGGAGAACCUGCUGCUCAGUUCGACCGGUGGCCCGGGUGGCCCGGGCGGCCCGACCAUCACCAGCAACUCGAACGGCCACGGGAACGGUGGCACUGGCGGUGGUCCCGGUGGUGGAGGCGGCGGAGGGCUCGGCGGAGACCUGAAGCCGCUGCCGUCGUUCACCUCGUUCAACACCGGCCACCUGUCGAUCAAUGGGAUCUCCGGCUACCACUACACGGCGAUCGCGCAGCGGCUGCCGGAGGAGAACAACAACUACGCGCAGAACUCGUACUCGCAGGGAAGCGCCAAUGCGGGCCCCGGGGCCGGUGCCACCUCCACCGGCACCGGCACCGGUUCGGCGACGUCCGCCGGAAGCGAUAACAACAUCGUGUCCUCGACCUCCACCUGUCUGCCGGACUCGGUGCUCAACCCGCCCGAGGUCGAUGGCGGUGGCGCGAGCGUCAGCCACUGCCACAGCCUGCAGAACGUGAAGCUCUUCGCCGACGGUUCCAUCGAUGACGGGGGUGGUGGCGGUGGUGGAGGGGGUGGCGGCGGUGGAGGUGGUAAGAUCUUUAGUGCGCCCGCCGACAGCUGCGCGAUGACCGGACCCGACUCGGUGUCCGGGGCGCGGAUAUUCGUCGACACGAAGGAGCUGUCGGAGUAUGAUAUGAGCUCGAUCGAGGACAUCGCGGCCAUCAUCGGGUCGGCGAUCGCGGACACGACCGUGCCGAGCUCGAAGGUGGAGAAGGAGGACGGCAACGAUACGCGCGACUCGUGGAUGGACCUGGACGCGUGGAUCGAGGGCACCUGCACCGGGGUGCCGGACGCGAAGCUGAUCGUGUCGCAGCAGGACUCGCUCAGCGAGCUCAUCCUCCCCCACUCGCCCGUCUGCUCGCACGGCACCUCGUCCACCAACACCAGCACCACCACCACCACCUCCACGCUGCAGAGCCUGUUGACGCACGGCUACAUGCCGCUCCUGCAGAAUCGCCUCCAGAACGGGCCACCGGUGAAGCUAGAGGCGCCCAGUUCAACCUCGGCGUACUGCGGUGACCUCAUCUCGACCUCCACUAGUCCCCCCGGCUCGGUCGUCUCGACCUCCACCGACCACAGCCUCAUCCUGAACGGACGGUACCUGCAGCACCACCAUAACCACCACAACAACCAUCACAACCACGGUGGGUUUGGGGGGCUGGCGAUCGGCCAGAAACCGGACGGUCUCUGCAGUCCGGAGCUCCCCGGAGGUCCUCUGGGCAACUUCCCGCACACCACCACCAACAACAGCACCAGUUCGUCGAGCGCCAGCAACUCGCCGACGACACCAAAAAGCAAGCGGCGCGGCCACGGCACCAAACAGCAACAGCAGCAGCAGCAACAGCAGCAGCAGCAGCAGAAGCUCCAGCACGGGUUAGUCGGCCAGCAGGCCGGUCCCACGUUACACGCCCAGCAACACCAGCAACAGCAACAGCAACAACACCAUCAACAACAGCUGAGUGCCCAGUCGCAGCAGGCGGCGGCCCUCAGCUUCCAGGCGGCCAACGAUCUCAGCGGGCUCCUCGGCAAGGAGAAGCCGGUGCACCGGUGCAACAUCUGCAACCGGGGCUUCCUCAACAAGAGCAACAUCAAGGUGCACCUGCGGACGCACACGGGCGAGAAGCCGUUCCGGUGCGAGGUCUGCGCCAAGGCGUUCCGCCAGAAGGCGCACCUCAUCAAGCACCAGCAGAUCCACAAGCGGAUCGGCCGGGACUGA